GGGAGAGGGAGGAGUGGGAGAGGAGGAGGCUGGAGAUGGAGAGAGGGAGAGAGGGGGGUUAUGAUGAAGAAACUGGACAGCCAUACCCAUACCCUCCAGAGUAUUUCUACCUCAAGGGACAUCCAGGUGAGAAUGGAACGCCUGGACAAAAGGGGGACAUUGGAGAAAAGGGACAAAAGGGAGAGCCAGGCAUCGGCCACAGAGGUCCAGAAGGGCAGGCUGGUCCUCCGGGACAGAAGGGUGAGCCAGGUGAACCAGGGCCUCCAGGCGCUCAGGGCAUCCAGGGUAUCAGUGGUAACGCAGGCAUGCAGGGCUCCCCAGGCCUUAGAGGUCCCCAGGGGGACCCAGGAGACCCGGGCAGAGAGGGUGAUAGGGGUAAAAGGGGAAAGAAUGGAUCGCCUGGACCUCCUGGGCCUCGAGGAACACCUGGACCUCAUGGUCCUCCUGGUCUGCCUGGAGUAAAAGGAGAAAAGGGUGACAGUAUUCCUGGAGAGCCUGGUGCCAGGGGGUUGGCUGGCUUCCCAGGCAGACGGGGUGAAAAAGGUCCCAUAGGUGUGAAAGGAGCUCUUGGGCAUUUUGGUCCAAAAGGUCUUCGUGGCAGCAAAGGGGAAAAGGGUGACCGAGGGUUGCCUGGCAUCAGAGGAGAGAGGGGGAGCGUGCUUCAAAUCCAAGGACCCCGAGGAUUUAAGGGUUCCAAAGGAGAGGCGGGUGAGCGAGGCCCACCGGGUUUUGAUGGCGAUAAAGGAGAAAAGGGCGAGGACGGCCCUCCUGGAGUGAAGGGCCUAAAGGGUGAUGCAGGCACUAAAGGGGCGCUGGGGCGUUUUGGAGCACGAGGACCAGGAGGGCAGAAGGGAGAUUCAGGAGAGCCAGGACUCAAUGGAGUCAUGGGUCGCAAUGGGGAUCAUGGAGUCGAUGGGGCCAAAGGGGACAAAGGAGACAUGGGACUGCGGGGACAGAAGGGCGAUCAGGGUGAUCCAGGAGAACCAGGCCUACCAGGAGACAAAGGGGAGAAGGGAGAGAAGGGAUUCAGAGGUCUGCCUGGUCGCACUGGGAGUCCAGGCCUGGAUGGAGAAAAGGGAGAUAUGGGGUUACAUGGCACACCUGGCAUACCUGGUCUGAAUGGACUCACAGGGCGCAAGGGUGAAAAGGGACAAGGAGGCAUCAAUGGUGCUGAUGGUUAUCCGGGAGCCAAAGGAGACAAGGGUGCAGCAGGUUUCUCAGGUUUCCCAGGUUUCAAGGGGUCAGCAGGGAAUCCAGGAAGGGAUGGAGAUGAGGGACUACCAGGACCUCCAGGACCGCGAGGGGACACAGGGCCCAAGGGGGGCAGGGGCAGACGGGGCAGAUCAAAGCCAUGUCAGAAGGGAGAACCCGGGACUCCAGGACUCAGAGGAGAGAGUGGUACACUGGGUUUUGAAGGAGGAAAAGGGGAGAAGGGGGAGCCUGGACUCUCGGCUGAAGAAGUGAAGGAGCUGGUCACCCAGGAGGUGGUAGAAAAGUGUGGUUUGGAAUACAAGUUCAUCGUAAAGUCUGUGGAUCCAGAUGGAACGACCGCAGUGACUGAUAAAUAUAAAAAUAAGGCAGGCGAUGUAGAGAUAUCCUUGAACCGUGACCUCCAUAAAGAAAGGAUGGAGGAAGAAGGUGAAGAAGUUGAAGACUAUGGAGACAAACUGGGAGAAACGACUAGUCCUGUGAUCCUACCAAACCGCACUGAUUCUGUGGAGGGAGGGACAGCGGAGUGGGGACGGAGGAAGAAAAGAAGGGUAUUUGGAACAAGCACUGCUGCAGACCGCUGCCUGGAGCCGAUGUCAGAGGGGUUCUGCUCAGAAUACGUCCUGCUCUGGUACUUCCACCCUCGCUCUGGGGAGUGCAGGCCAUUUGUGUACAGCGGUUGUGGUGGCAACAGAAACCGGUUCUCCUCGAGACAGGAGUGCCAGAGCUGGUGUGGGAUGGAGAGGAGUGGUAGGAGGAGGCAUCUAGAUCAUAGAUGAAACUGUAACAGCAAAUCUGAUAAGUGCCUCAUCCUGGAGAGAAACUAGCAACCACAAACGAGAAAAUAAUUUCUGUACAUAACUUUGUAAAAUGGAUUUAUUUAUAUAUUUUAGCAGCUGUUUCUUAAUUUGUUUUAUGGACAAAAUGUUGAAAAUCAGAAUGUGAAUGUUAAAAAUGUUUUGUAAUUUUUAUAGAGAUGUUAUUAGAGAUUUUAAAUGUCGAAGAGAUUUUAAAUGUCAAAAGUGAUCAGUAUUCACACUACUGAAAAUUAAAUCUGUCUUUUCUGUUAUGUCUUUGUUGUGCUCAUCUCUUCUCUCUCCAUCUCCAGAGUCUCUUUGCGUAACGCUCAGUCACCUCUCAUAUGUUUUGUCAAUCGCACUGCAUCCUGUGCGGUGAGAAAAAUAAGACGCCGGUAGCUGAUUGCCUGCUGCCACCUCCGCUGCUGCAUAUGUUCCUUUGGCAGGGGGUGUUAUGGGUCAGGCUGGGAGCCAGAUGAGGGCCAACAGGGGAGAUCAGGCAGAGACUGUUUCAGAGGACUCUCCAUCAGACCCACACAGUGGUAGCAGGGGAUUCCUGCGUGGGUGUUGAUGUGGGGGUUAGCACGCAUUCAGGGUUUUUUUUCUGGCAGUGUGAUGCGUGAAAAUGCACGACACAACUUUGAUUCUCAGUGUGUCUGUGGAUGAUGUUUUUUAACAGGAUGCUUGUCGUCAGUGCAACGUGCUGCACCAGCUCCACCACCAGGUUUCUUAAACUAAAGGUUGCUCACUGAAAAUAGUCUGACAAUAUUUAAAGCAGAAAAUUCAUUCGCUUCAAAGUGACGGAUGAGUCUCUCACCAACGAGGCUUCAGAGGCUUUCUCUACAUUAGUCACGAUUCUGCUCUGUAACGUACUCCCACAUGUGAAGAUGCUUCAUAGAGCUGAAAGACAAAGUUAACGCAGUCCACAGUGACAGGCUGUUCUCGCUGAACCACACCCCCUGCCAGCGACAACUAGUCAAGACCUAAGACAGAUGCCACACUGCAGAAAAAGCAAUUUAAAGGUACAGUUCAUGCCACAAUCAAAAGUACAUAUGUUUUCUCUUCGCUGUAGUGCUGUUCAUCAGUCUAGAUUGUUUUGGUGUGAGUCAUCAUGUGUUGGAGAUAUCGUCUGUAGAGAUGUCUGCCUU